AUGGCCAUGUGGGAAUAUUUCAGUGGCAAAUCAGUCCUGAUAACCGGUGGAUCUGGUUUUUUAGGGACAGCCAUUACGUAUCGUCUACUCGAUCGUUCAUCCGUCUGUCAUGUCUACAUUUUGUGUCGAGGAGGGGUAGAAUCUAAGUGGAAAAUGUGGUUAUCGGAGAGAACUGUUGAGAUGCUGCUAGAUUCAACUCGUCUUUCUGUAGUUGACGGAGAUAUGCUCCUGCUCGAUAUGGGAAUCUCGAAAACAGAGCUAGAGAAACUUCAGCUGGACGUUAAUGCGGUUGUUCAUACCGCAUCUUCCAUCAACCUAGGAAGACCCUUAUCUGGCUUGCAAAAUUCGAUCAUUGGAGCAAGCGAGAUGAUUGCAAGGUUCUCCUUAACAUGUAAGGAGCUCGAUCGCUUUGUCUACGUGUCCAGUGCAUAUGCAAAUGCUCACCUUCACGCUCAACCUGAGCACCCUGUCUCUGAUGUGGAAAUUAAAGAAGAUUUCUAUGAUCUUAAACUCCAAGGGGAUCCGAUGGACGAAUGGAAUCAAGUCCAAGAGAACGGCACGAGCGAGUCGUUCGAAACCGAAAACUUCCCUUGGGCUUAUGCCUACGCGAAGCAUCUAACGGAACGACUACUUCUGCAACUGUUUUCUCAGCACGCCGAUAAAACGAAAUUGCUUAUUAUCCGUCCCUCCGUGAUUGGGCCAGCCCAGGCCUUUCCAUUUCCUGGAUAUAGCAUUCCCAUAUCCACGCCGUCAACAAUGCUUGCCGCUGGAAUAGCAUUGACUCUGUCUCCCAGGGUUAAAAUUGCGACCCGUGUUGUAUCACCAGAGACACAAACCCAUAUAGAUGAGGUUCCCGUUGAUGUUGUUGUCGAUCGUCUCCUCAGCCAUCUAGCUGUAGGAACUUAUGGCUGUGUCCAUGCUGUCAGCGGGAAAAAAGCUCGAAUGGUCUUCCAGGAAUGGUGGCAAGGAGCUUUGAUGAAUCGUCGGAUUCCUUGGAAUUCGUCUAUUUCUUGGGUUUCAGCUGAUUGGAAAUCCCAAGAGCAACAUCACUUCAAUCGUCUAUAUGUAAUCUUAGGGGCUUCAUUUGAGUUUUCAGAAGAACGAACUGUAUCUUUGAGCACGAAACUCACUGGCGAAGAUCUUUCGGGUUUGCAAUUGUUUAACAACAUUGACCUCGCGGGCCAGCUGCUGGAUAGAAAGGGGCACAUUCAGUAUGUCAUGGAGAAGUUUGCGCAGAAAGGAUGGUUGGUUUGGUUGAUUGUUAAGCUUUUAUAUGGUUUUGGUUACACCAACUGA